GUGAGUGAGAAGGUUGGAGGAGCUGAAGGAACCAAGCUAGAUGAUGACUUCAAAGAAAUGGAAAGGAAAGUGGACGUCACUAGCAGGGCUGUGAUGGAAAUCAUGACUAAAACAAUUGAAUACCUUCAACCCAAUCCAGCUUCCAGAGCUAAGCUCAGUAUGAUCAAUACCAUGUCCAAAAUCCGUGGCCAGGAGAAAGGACCAGGCUACCCGCAGGCAGAAGCCCUGUUGGCAGAGGCCAUGCUCAAGUUUGGGAGAGAGCUUGGAGAUGACUGCAACUUUGGCCCAGCACUGGGUGAUGUGGGGGAGGCCAUGAGGGAACUCUCAGAGGUCAAGGACUCUUUGGACAUGGAAGUGAAACAGAACUUCAUUGACCCCCUUCAGAACCUUCAUGACAAAGAUCUGAGGGAAAUUCAGCAUCACCUGAAGAAGUUGGAGGGCCGACGCCUGGACUUCGAUUAUAAGAAGAAACGACAAGGCAAAAUCCCAGAUGAAGAGCUCCGUCAGGCUCUGGAGAAAUUUGACGAGUCCAAAGAGAUUGCUGAGUCAAGCAUGUUCAAUCUCCUGGAGAUGGAUAUUGAGCAGGUGAGCCAGCUCUCGGCACUCGUUCAGGCCCAGCUGGAGUACCACAAGCAGGCAGUCCAGAUUCUGCAGCAGGUCACCGUCCGACUGGAGGAAAGAAUAAGGCAAGCUUCCUCCCAGCCUAGACGGGAGUAUCAGCCAAAACCUCGGAUGAGCCUGGAGUUCCCCCCGGUGGACAGCACUCAGCCCAAUGGGGGCCUGUCCCACACGGGCACUCCCAAGCCUGCAGGUGUCCCAAUGGAUCAGCCCUGUUGCCGAGCUCUGUACGACUUUGAACCUGAAAAUGAAGGGGAAUUGGGUUUCAAAGAAGGUGAUAUCAUCACACUCACCAACCAAAUUGAUGAGAACUGGUACGAGGGGAUGCUUCACGGCCAGUCAGGCUUCUUCCCCAUCAAUUAUGUGGAAAUCCUGGUCGCCCUGCCCCAUUAGAAUGUUCUGCUGGCUGGCUCGCCUCCUCUUGACCCAGAUAGUUCCGUUUAACCACGGCUUUGGCAAUGCUGCUUAAACACAUCCCAAGUGCAGGCCACAGUGGAUUGGGUCAUCCAGCUCCGCUGAGUACCUGUGGGUGACGUGUGCAUUCCCACAGGGUCAUGGUGAAGGAUAGUAUCUUCGUACCUGGUGGGCAUGGCAUGUGCUUUUUAAACACCGUCUGAGACCAGCCAGUAGCCACAGAACUGCUGUUCACUCAGUUCUCAGGAGGCAGUGGCUUCUUAGAAAAUAACC